AUGGCGCAGACAGUUAGUCGACCGAAGCUGAAGCCUUUCAAGCAAUACAAAGCUGGUGGAAACGUGAUGUGGCUGGAUGUGAGUUCUCAGCCCCUCCCAGGAGUUCCGAUCAAUCGACGGCGCAUUCAAACCAUCAUCGACCUGAAGCUCCAGACGCCUUCAAGCGCCAGGGCUGAUCAGAAGGAAAUCACUGUUGGGACUCUGCGUGCAGACGGUGCCAGUCUGGAGAGAGGCUCCAUGCGCGUGAUAUCUCCAGAUGAGUCUGUUCACGCGCUGCUGAUCCGCGUGGGAGAGCGCCUGGACGAAUCCUGCUCCGAGGAGGAAGCCAAGGAGUGGAGGGCUGUACUGCUCAGCUGGCCUAUGGUCUUCGAGCAGCACGCCUCUUUGGAUGACCUGUUGUGGAGCAGCAUCAACAUGCGCGAGGAUAUCGGCACCAGCUUCGAUACGCUGUACAGAAGCCCUGUUCAGCGCUGCUUCGAGCUGAUGAUCUACAAGCAGGAGCAGGAGAGCUCGCGCGGCAAGAAAGUGAGGGGCAAGGAGGUAGCGAUGACGGCCAAAGAGCUUUUCGAAGACUGGCAGUCUCGAGAGGAAUGGUGUUCAGAGACUUGCUGGCAGUCAAUCUACCAGCUGGAGGCCGUCGCCAAGAAGGUCACUGUUGGCGUGGAAGCUCCUGGUCACGCUGUCUGGCUGGUGGGCAGCGUGCAGUAUCUUUACAGAUGCGGGCAGUUGAACAUCUCUCAGCUCAGCUCACGCUUGCUGUCCGGAAAGGAGCAGCCUGCAAACAAAGGGCUUUGCGAUUUGCUGCUUUUGAAGCAGAAAUGCCUGAAGCAGUUCCUGACCGCUUGGCUGGACGAGAGUCCUUUGGAAGUCUUUCAGAAAGACUUGAUUCGCCAAGCUUUGGCAGAUUGUCAGGAGCAUGACAAAAAUUUUCAGCCAAUGAGUUCGGAACCAGACCUUUCAUGGAUGGGCGGGCUUCCGCGCGAAGCACGCACCUACGUCAGCUUUGCUGAGAAGCUGAUUUACACGUGCAAGAGGGACAAAGACUUGCGGCAGGCCUUGGUUGGAGGAGCCAGUGCGCAGGACUUGCCUGACCGCGAAGAAUUGAAGAAGGACUUCCUCGCCAUCAAGCAGUCGUGGAAAGAACUCACGGGCCGCAUCGAGCCGCCGUCAGAGGUCCAGCCUGCUGAGACUGUCCUGGUUGCGGCAGAGGAUGAGGACAUGAGUGGCUUCUUUCCUUCUCUUGAACCUCUGUGUCACAACGUGGGAUUGUGCGGCGGCGAAACAGACGCCAAGCAUGCCGAGCGAAUGGCGGUGCAGGAAGCCUUGCACAAGCACCUGCGCACGCUGUCCGAUGAGCACAAAGCCUUGGUUCGGGAUGCUGAGCGGGAUGCCCGCAGGCACGUGGCUGAGCUGGUGAAGCUGAUCUUGCCCGCAGAGCGUGCGCAGACCAUGGAAGACGAGCUGAGGGAAGUUUUGUCUGUGGUUUCCGGGGGGGGCAUCGUUUGCCUAUACGACUGCAAGACCAGCGGGGAGGCCACCACAGCGCCGCAUCUUCGCACCCCUGGAUUCAAGACGGACAGAUUGAAAAAGUUUGUGCACCUCGUGUUGGCGGCCUCGGACUCCAAGGACAGCAUUCCGCGCGAUAUUACCUUCUUGGUCUUAGACGCUGGCAUGCUGGGCAACAAGCAUAGCAUCAUGGCAUCCUUCCUGACUGAAGCAGGCGGCAAGUUGGCCAUGGCGUCCAAAAGUCUCUACCUGACUUACGACGAGCAGGAGAUGCAGAGUCGGCUGCAGAAGCUGCGGUCCACGAAGCAGCUGCAGCAGCUGGAAACUUGCUAUGUGGUCACCUCCCCGAGUAAGGACCUUGUGCGGCGCGCUCGGGUGUCCAAGACCUUUGCGCAGCACAAAGGAACUUCCGCAGGGAACGUCCUGACCGGCAUCCCGAUCCCUCCUCUGCAGCAAGGGUGGUGCGCCUCCGUGGAGGUCAAGCGUGAGAUCUACGGGGACAUGCGAGAAAGGGUCGGUGGUUCAACCGAAGGCGACUUGAGUCGCACGCGCGGUGACAAGGAUGUCGAGCCCGUCAACUGGCAUCAGAUGCAUACAGAUGUGUACAUCGAGUUCCUGAAGAGCGAGACGCAGGCUGCUUGCUUGGUGGAUUACAAUCCCUUCGAAGCUGCUGCGCUAGCUGCUAUGCAGCAUGACAUUCUCUAUGUCGGCAUGGUCUUCUCAGAGACACACAAGAACUUGUUGCUGAAGCAUCUCGCGGCAGAUGCUUUCCGCCGCAUGCACACGGAGGGCGACAAGUUGUACCGCCCCUCCCUCGCUGCUGUGAUGAAGCUGCAGCAGGGUGUGGUGGCCAACCCCAAAACCAAAGCCAAGGCGAAGGCAGAGGGCAAGAAGCGCACAGCCGGAGCGGCUGCAGUGGAAGUGGAAGCUGGCAGUGCAGAGGAUCAACUGGCACUUCCAGGUCCAGAGAUGCCUGAACAACCGACGUCAUCAGGCGAGCAAACGCAAGCGCGGCCUUUCAAGCAGCUGAAAGGGAUGAGUCCGACGGAGAUGGCCGAGGUUCUGAAGCAGAGGAUUGCUGAGGCCAAGGGCAAGGCAGAGCCCAAGGCCAAGCUAGAGCCCAGGAACGCAGCAAAGUGA